AUGAUGCUUCCGUGCUGGAAGUUCUUCGGCUUCCUCGCAGCAGCCAGACUUUGCGAACUUAUAGAGCCAGAGUCUAGUAUCACGAUAUGGUGGCACGAGAACUCAGUCGUCAACACCAAUACUUCGGUAGCGGCUGACGAGGUCCGGCGUUCACGACGAUACAACGUUUCUGUCUCGAUCGCAGGUGAGGACGACUUUCAUCGCUCUUUCGUCUAUGAGUCGAUCCCUCGUAAUGGCAACGGGAAAAUGUUCGAUCCAGUUCAGCCUGGGAAAGAGUAUGAUUUUGCGGACGGAGAUGGAAUUACCAUUGAGGCAGAUGAGGGGAUUAAUAUGGCUUGGACGCAAUUCAUCUACCAGGAGGAUGUCGAUGUUCGGAUUGUUACUACUGACGGAUCUUCCAUUGGGCCAGUUUCCAACGUCGUCAUUCGCCCUGUUGAUCUUGGCUUCACAGUUAGAAGUCCAAAGUAUAACACUGUCUUAAUUCGGGUGCCCUACCAAAAGUCCGGGGCGAGAUUCUCUGUUGAGUUCAGGGAUGAUCUCUUUACGUACAGGUCUAACGGCACUGACUAUGUGAGCGAUGGCGGUACCAUUGUCAGUGAGGAGCCUAGGAAUGGCCUCGUCAUUUUCGCCAGUCCGCCUCUUCCCAAGGAUCUGAUUCCCUCCAAGACAUCCAGCAAUGUACAGGUCAUCCGCCCAGGCAAGAUGACGCAAGACACUCUCGGGUCCAAACCAACCGUGAUAUUCGAAUCGGGUAUCCAUUGGAUAGAGAAGGAUGGUGUGUUGGGUAAGGACCAUAUCAAGUUGAGUCCGAUGACUCACUACGUAUAUUUCGAGCCUGGUGCAUACGUCAAAGCAGCGCUGGAAUACACAACAACACACCCAACUUUCCAUACGGUCGGGUAUGGAGUGCUGUCGGGCGAGAACUAUGUAUACAUGGCCAACACCAUCAAGAACUACACCGCUGUGAAGGACGACCGGUUCAGUCUCCGUAUGUUCUGGCACCAGUCUGUGAUGGACAAUCAGACAUGGCACUGUAUUGGUCCAACACUCAAUUCGCCGCCAUUCAACACCAUGGAUCUCUAUCCAAUGAACAGUACUCCUCAUGAGGAAGACAACAAAGUCAGCGCACAUAUACGCGAUUACAAGCAAGUCGGAGCCUACUAUUUCCAAACCGACGGAACCCAGAUGUAUAGAGGUUCAGUCCGCGAUGUGUUCUGGCAUGUCAAUGAUGAUGCUAUCAAAUUAUAUCACUCCGGGGCCCGACUCCACGGUCUGACGAUCUGGAAAGCUCGGAACAAUGCCAUCAUCCAAAUGGGUUGGAAACCGCGUAAUGUCAGCGAUGUAUCGAUUUCUAAGCUUCGCAUUAUUCACAAUCGGUGGUACAAGCCCGAUGCGUAUGUUCCGUCGGCUAUUCUGGGCGCAUCGCCAUUCUACGGUGAUCCACAGGAGAUUGAUACUCAGCGGACCAUGCAAGUCAAGAUUGACGAUGUUGUCUGUGAAGGCAUUUGUGCAGCGCUCGUGACAAUUGCUCCGAUGCAAAACUACGACUUGGAAAUCUCUAAUGUCUAUUUUGAGACGUUGAAUAACGAUACAGAGCUGAGACUUGGAAGAAGCGUCGUCGGUAUGGAUGCGGGAAAGGGCAUGGAUAAUUAUACUCCCGGGCAGGGAAACUUGACACUAGGUAUUCAUAUCAAGAACUGGACUAUUGGUGAGGUGGAGGUUGAUAAGAAGAAUGCAGGCGAGGACGGAUUGGGCCAGCUGAAGAUUAACCCCAUGUUUGAUGGAGAUUGGAGCAUUGAGUAA